UUGGAGUCAUCUUCAACUUUCCAGUCAUCACUCUGGGUUUAUUUCCACCUGUUUGAUACAGGACCCUCUUUAUAACAAAAAGUAACCAGCUUAGGUUUAGGAGAAAGAGAUCAUUCUCACGUAUCUGUUUUUAUAUACUGAUGGCUCUAAUCAAAUUAGGGCCAUCCUCUGGGUUUUCCUAAGAUCAGCCAACCAUAGGGAUGAGGGGUUGUGUUCCCCUUGAUCGGAAAACAGAGACAUCAGAGGAUCCUGCAAGAUGCUUUGGGAAGCCAGCUGUACCUCCACUGCCAUCAAGAUGUUCUCCUUUGUCCUUCUGGGUCUGAAUUUGGGUCAGCGUGGCUUAACUGGGGCAGUUGUCUCACUCAUGGCUCAUAGACCCAUCCACCAUAUGCUCCAGCUCUGAUGUGCUCAUUCAGCACAUUCCAUUCUGAAACUGAAUCGGUGGAUUUCCCUGCUCAAGGUUUUGGUCACUUGAGGCUCAUGGGUGGAAGGUGCAGGGGAGAUGGUGCAGAGGCUUUUUGGUCUCCCUGUAACUUCAAAAGGACCUGGAGGAGGCUGGCUCAGCAAUAAGGAAGAUGAGCUGGUGGAUUAACAGCUGCUUGUGUUUUGCUUUCUCUUCUUUCUCAUAGCCUGUGGGCCACAGCUUGCCAACUCUCCCACUGUGAUAGUGAUGGUUGGCCUCCCAGCCCGGGGGAAGACUUACAUCUCCAAGAAGCUGACUCGCUAUCUCAACUGGAUUGGUGUCCCAACAAAAGUUUUCAAUGUGGGGGAGUAUCGCCGUGAGGCAGUGAAGCAUUACAGCUCCUAUGACUUCUUUCGCCCCGACAAUGAAGAAGCUAUGAAAGUCAGGAGGCAGUGUGCUCUGGCUGCCCUGAGGGAUGUCAAGCUGUAUCUGACGGAGGAGGCUGGCCAGAUUGCGGUUUUUGAUGCCACAAAUACCACACGGGAGAGGAGAGGGAUGAUCCUAAAUUUUGCCAAAGAAAAUGGGUUCAAGGUGUUCUUCAUCGAAUCUGUCUGCAACGAUCCCAAUGUUGUUGCCACCAAUGUCAUGGAAGUAAAACUGUCCAGUCCUGAUUACCGGGACUGUAAUUCGACCGAUGCCAUGGAGGACUUCAUGAAGAGAAUCAAUUGUUACCAGGCCAGCUACCAGCCACUUGACCCUGAUGACUAUGACCGGGAGCUUUCUCUCAUCAAAGUCAUUGAUGUUGGCCGGCGGUUCCUGGUCAACAGGGUUCAAGAUCACAUACAAAGCAGGAUUGUUUACUACCUAAUGAACAUCCAUGUCCAGCCCCGCACUAUUUAUCUUUGUCGGCAUGGUGAGAGCGAGUUCAACCUCAAGGGAAAGAUCGGAGGUGACUCAGGCCUCUCCAACAGGGGCAAGAAGUUUGCACAGGCACUGAACAAGUUUGUUGAGGAGCAGAACCUGAAGGACCUCAAAGUCUGGACCAGCCAACUAAAGAGAACAAUCCAAACAGCAGAAGCGCUCCAGCUGCCCUAUGAGCAGUGGAAGGCCCUCAAUGAAAUAGAUGCUGGUGUGUGUGAAGAAAUGACUUAUGAAGAAAUCAGGGACCAGCAUCCAGAGGAAUUUGCUUUACGUGAUCAGGAUAAAUAUUACUACCGUUAUCCUUCUGGAGAGUCCUACCAAGACCUGGUGCAGCGCCUGGAGCCAGUCAUCAUGGAGCUGGAGAGACAAGAGAAUGUCCUUGUGAUCUGUCACCAGGCUGUCAUGCGCUGUCUCCUUGCUUACUUCCUGGACAAAAGUGCAGAUGAAAUGCCCUACCUGAAAUGUCCUCUUCACACGGUACUGAAGUUGACCCCAGUGGCUUAUGGCUGCCGUGUGGAAUCCAUCUCCCUGAAUAUUGAAGCUGUGAACACUCACAGGGAGCGGCCAGAGGUAAGUGUUUCGUUCCCUCUAAGCCAUCCCUUGGGUGUUCCUUCCUUUCCCUUGUGGUAACCCAGCACGGAGGAUGACUGGGGAGACAGCUCAGCCCAGUGCUCAAAGUGCCACUGGAGGAUUGGGAGCAUC